ACCUUUCACGUCGUUUUGUGGUUCGCGGGUUAGACACGUGUGGUGUCCCUCCCAGUGGUGGCCCACCAUGUCUCACUUGCCGACCUGCCUUGGCAAAUAGUAACCUUUUGUAAUACAUUUGUGUACCACAAGUUUUAUCCCUCAAGUUCAACUCACCGGCAUUAUUUAAGCACACACACACACAGAAAGAAACACAACGAAAAUAAAAACAUGGCCGGAAAAUUAAUGACUUUGCAAGUUUUCCACCUGCUAUGCAUAUGUUUAGUCGUCUUCUUUGUAUUCUCUGUGAAUGUUGCCAGUGACGAGGAUUACCAGAGAGCGGUGCCUACGGAAGAUAAAACGACUACGGUUUGGUUCUCUAGGAUCAAACAGUCUGGUAAUGAUUACUGGGCGAAACUCAAAGAGAGUUUAGGUCGUGGUCACGCCCGCUUUUUUCCUCCAAACAUAGAUUUUAGAGGAAAGGAUGAUGCAUCAAUGGGAGCCGGAGGAAAGAUGAAAGAGGCGGUCACAAGGAGCUUCGAGCAUAGUAAAGAUACGGUGGAGGAAGUUGCCAGAUCAGCAGCGGAGGUGGCGUGUGAUGCGGCAGAAGCGGUUAAAGAAAAGGUGAAGAGGAGCUUUUCCAGCAGCGAGACGACGCAGCAGCACUCGUAUGGUAAUGAUGAGCUCUAAAUACGUCGUGUCAUUCUAGCUCAUGUGCUUGUUUGAUUUCUUCGUCGACCCGGGUGUUUUUUCCUCUAAAUAGUAUAUACACAACAACCACGUCACAUGGGGGAUUUGAGAUAUGUUAUAUUCAAAUAGGUAUAGAGUUAUGGUUCUGGCCUCAACCAUGGACUCACAAAUAUCUUUCUUUUCUUUUUCUUUUCACCAAAAUAUCUAUCUGUGACCCAACACAUCCAUCUAUACAUAAAGUGUGGAAAUCAUUAUAAAAAUGAGAAUUACGAAGACCA